GGCAAUGGCCAACAAUAGACAAGAAAGAGGAAAAGGGAAACAGAGCAGCAUUGUGAUUUGGGAGGGCAUGGUAUGGUAAUGGUGGUGCAUGAUUGAUACCUACCAAUUAAUCUGAAUCUGAAUUGAGAAGAAGAAGAAGAAAGGGAGGCAUCAAAUGACGAGCAAUAAUAAUAAUAAUAAUAAUAGCAGUAGCAACAUGACGUCGACGUCACGAGGUUCCUCCUCCUCCUCCAAUGGCCUCCUCCCCGUCACCAUCACCAGUAACCACCCUGACGUCGACGUCUCAACUAAUGGCGACCACUAUGAUGACGACGACGACGACGACUUGCUCGUUGAUCCAAACGACCCUUUCGACAUUACCCAGACCAAGAAUGCACCUCCCGAAACCCUCAAGCGUUGGCGACAAGCAGCAUUCGUGCUCAAUGCCUCCAGGCGUUUUAGAUACACUCUUGACUUGAAAAAGGAAGAGGAGAAAGAGCAAAAGAAAAGCAUGAUUCGAGCCCACGCGCAAGUCAUAAGAGCAGCUUUGCUUUUCAGAUUAGCUGGUGAACGCGAACUAGUGACAAGUACAACAGUGUCAUCCUCAACUCAUGAUGGUGACUAUGAAGUUGGGCUUGAACAACUUGUUUCGUUGUCUAAGAAUCAGAAUAUUUCUGCCUUACAACAAUAUGGUGGGGUUAAAGGAUUAUCAAAAUCACUAAAAUCAGAUCCGGAUAAAGGAAUUAAUGGAGAUGAUGUUGAUCUAUUAAAGAGGAAAAAUGCAUUUGGAACUAAUACAUAUCCUCGGAAAAAAGGGAGAAGUUUCUGGAGGUUUCUAUGGGAAGCUUGGCAAGACCUGACCCUUAUAAUAUUAAUUAUAGCAGCUGCGGUGUCUUUGGUUCUUGGAAUAAAAACAGAGUUGAAGGAACUUUGGAAGACUCAGAGCUAUUGUUUGAGGAGAACUUUGUUUACGAAGCUGGAACAGCUCGAGGGUUUGGAAGAAGGAUGGUAUGAUGGGGGAAGCAUUGCGUUCGCAGUUCUUCUUGUCAUAGUAGUUACAGCUGUCAGUGAUUAUCGCCAAUCUCUGCAGUUUCAGAACUUGAAUUCAGAAAAGCAAAAUAUACAAUUGGAGGCUAUUAGAGGUGGCAGAACAAUAAAAAUAUCGAUAUUUGAUAUUGUUGUUGGCGAUGUAGUACCCCUUAAAAUAGGAGAUCAGGUUCCUGCUGAUGGAGUUUUAAUCACUGGUCACUCACUUGCCAUUGAUGAAUCCAGUAUGACUGGUGAAAGCAAGAUUGUUCACAAGGAUCACAAAGCACCUUUUUUUAUGUCUGGUUGCAAAGUAGCAGAUGGAUUUGGUGCUAUGCUGGUAACCGGUGUUGGUAUAAACACUGAGUGGGGAUUGUUGAUGGCAAGUAUCUCAGAGGAUACUGGAGAAGAGACUCCAUUACAGGUGCGUUUGAAUGGAGUAGCAACUUUUAUUGGUAUUGUUGGGCUUUCUGUAGCUGUUUUGGUGCUUGCAGUCCUCUUGGGAAGAUACUUUUCUGGCCAUACGAAAGAUUUAGAUGGAAAUGUGCAAUUUAUUGCCGGCAAGACUAGUAUUAGUGACGCAGUAGAUGGGGUCAUCAAAAUUUUUACCAUUGCAGUAACAAUUGUGGUUGUUGCUGUGCCUGAAGGCCUACCUUUAGCAGUUACCUUAACCCUGGCAUUCUCAAUGCGGAAAAUGAUGGCAGACAAAGCCUUGGUACGAAGGCUGUCAGCAUGCGAAACUAUGGGCUCUGCUACCACAAUUUGCAGUGAUAAAACUGGAACUUUGACCUUAAAUCAGAUGACUGUAGUUGAGACAUAUGUUGGGAGGAAGAAACUAAAUCCACCAGAUGACAAGUCAAAAUUGCAUCCAGAAGUUUUAUCUCUGAUAAAUGAAGGCAUAGCAGAAAAUACAACUGGCAAUGUUUUUGUGCCAAAGGAUGGUGGAGAGACAGAGGUUUCAGGAUCUCCUACUGAGAAGGCAAUUCUUUCUUGGGCUGUGAAGUUGGGGGUGAAUUUUGAUCAUAUCAGAUCAAGUUCAACUAUUCUUCACGUCUUCCCCUUCAAUUCUGAGAAAAAGCGAGGUGGUGUUGCUGUGAAACUGCCGGAUUCUGCAGUACAUAUACAUUGGAAAGGAGCUGCAGAGAUAGUUCUCGGAACAUGUACCCAAUAUCUUGAUUCCAAUGGUGACCUGCAAUCUAUUGAAGAAGAGAAGGUAUUCUUUAAAAAGGCUAUUGAUGACAUGGCUGCUCGGAGCUUGCGUUGCGUUGCCAUUGCAUAUAGACCAUAUGAAUUGGACAAAAUUCCAUCUAAUGAGGAGGAUUUGAACAAGUGGUCCUUACCAGAACACGAGCUUAUUUUACUUGCUAUUGUUGGAAUAAAGGAUCCUUGUCGCCCUGGUGUCAAAGAUGCUGUGAGGUUAUGCACUGCAGCUGGCGUUAAGGUACGCAUGGUUACGGGCGACAAUCUUCAAACAGCAAAAGCAAUAGCUCUGGAGUGUGGAAUACUGUUUUCAGAUGAAGAUGCAAUUGAGCCAAAUAUAAUUGAAGGAAAGACAUUCAGACAACUAUCUGAAAAAGAAAGGGAACAAGUAGCCAAGAAAAUAACGGUGAUGGGAAGGUCUUCUCCAAAUGACAAGCUUUUGCUCGUUCAAGCACUUCGUAAAGGUGGUGAGGUUGUUGCAGUCACAGGAGAUGGCACCAAUGAUGCUCCUGCGCUUCACGAGGCAGAUAUUGGUCUUUCUAUGGGCAUUCAAGGAACUGAAGUUGCCAAAGAAAGCUCAGAUAUUAUAAUACUGGAUGAUAACUUUGCAUCAGUAGUAAAGGUUGUUCGCUGGGGGCGUUCUGUUUAUGCAAAUAUUCAGAAAUUUAUUCAGUUCCAGCUCACUGUUAAUGUUGCUGCUCUUGUAAUCAAUGUUGUGGCUGCAAUAUCUUCUGGUGAUGUUCCUUUAAAUGCAGUACAGCUUUUGUGGGUCAACCUCAUCAUGGACACACUUGGGGCUCUUGCACUGGCUACAGAACCACCAACAGACCGCCUUAUGAAAAGAUCACCAGUUGGCCGAAGGGAACCUCUUAUAACAAACAUUAUGUGGAGGAACUUGAUGGUACAGGCCCAUUAUCAAGUAAUUGUUCUUCUGGUUCUUAACUUCUGCGGUGAAAGUAUACUACAUCAAGAUUCUCAAACACAGACCAUACAAUUGAAGAAUACUUUAAUUUUCAACACAUUUGUCAUGUGCCAAAUAUUCAAUGAGUUCAAUGCUCGAAAACCAGAAGAAAUGAAUGUAUUCCGGGGAGUGACUAAGAACCGUCUCUUUGUGGGAAUUGUUGGAAUGACCUUCGUACUUCAGAUAAUCAUCAUCGAGUUCCUUGGAAAGUUCACGAGUACAGUUAGGCUUGAUUGGAAGUUGUGGCUUGCUUCUCUCUGUAUUGGGCUUUUCAGUUGGCCUCUUGCUAUAAUUGGGAAAUUCAUUCCAGUUCCAAAAACGCCAUUGUCCCGGUCCUUCAUGAAGACAUUCAGGCGCUUGAAGAAAUCUCGAACUGCAUAGUAGUCCAAAGGAGAGAGCAUUGGUUGCAAACAUGAUCACCUGCAAUUCAUAGCAAGCUAACAACUGAUAUGUACCAAUAUUACAAUACACAUUCUCGAGCCUUCACACUAGAAUUUGUACUAAACUGUAAAUUCAACAUAUAAAGCAAUCAUGUAAUUCUCAGACAUGUUCUCGAAGGAAUUUAAACAUGUAGAGGAUUAACUGAUUAAGCAAUGCAUUUACCUCUUUUUCCUCUCUUUUUUGGUGGGGUGUUAAACUGUAUAUUGUAACGCUUCUGGACAAGGACAAUGGACAUGAUUUAACCUUUCAUGAACUCGCAUUCUGUAUAGGUUUGUAACUGAAUGAUCAUAGAUUCCCACAACACUGUUGACUUUAUUGACAUGUAGACCA